AUGACGCUUGCUAUUGGCUGCAGGCAACAGAGGCACUGGGUCAAGAACGAGGAAAGUUCCCUCCUCACUGCCCGCCUGUCCUUUACGGUUCCCACCUCGCUGCCCCCCCAUCCUUUCUGGUUCCCACCUCGCUGCCCCCCCAUCCUUUCCGGUUCCCACCUUGUUGCCUGCCUGUCCUCUCCGGUUCCCGCCUCGCUGCCUGCCCGUCCUCUCCGGUUCCCGCCUCGCUGCCUGCCCGUCCUCUCCGGUUCCCGCCUCGCUGCCUGCCCGUCCUCUCCGGUUCCCGCCUCGCUGCCUGCCCGUCCUCUCCGGUUCCCGCCUCGCUGCCUGCCCGUCCUCUCCGGUUCCCGCCUCGCUGCCUGCCCGUCCUCUCCGGUUCCCGCCUCGCUGCCUGCCCGUCCUCUCCGGUUCCCGCCUCGCUGCCUGCCCGUCCUCUCCGGUUCCCGCCUCGCUGCCUGCCCGUCCUCUCCGGUUCCCGCCUCGCUGCCUGCCCGUCCUCUCCGGUUCCCGCCUCGCUGCCUGCCCGUCCUCUCCGGUUCCCGCCUCGCUGCCUGCCCGUCCUCUCCGGUUCCCGCCUCGCUGCCUGCCCGUCCUCUCCGGUUCCCGCCUCGCUGCCUGCCCGUCCUCUCCGGUUCCCGCCUCGCUGCUAGGCCCGUCCUCUCCGGUUCCCGCCUCGCUGCUAGGCCCGUCCUCUCCGGUUCCCGCCUCGCUGCCUGCCCGUCCUCUCCGGUUCCCGCCUCGCUGCCUGCCCGUCCUCUCCGGUUCCCGCCUCGCUGCCUGCCCGUCCUCUCCGGUUCCCGCCUCGCUGCCUGCCCGUCCUCUCCGGUUCCCGCCUCGCUGCCUGCCCGUCCUCUCCGGUUCCCGCCUCGCUGCCUGCCCGUCCUCUCCGGUUCCCGCCUCGCUGCCUGCCCGUCCUCUCCGGUUCCCGCCUCGCUGCCUGCCCGUCCUCUCCGGUUCCCGCCUCGCUGCCUGCCCGUCCUCUCCGGUUCCCGCCUCGCUGCCUGCCCGUCCUCUCCGGUUCCCGCCUCGCUGCCUGCCCGUCCUCUCCGGUUCCCGCCUCGCUGCCUGCCCGUCCUCUCCGGUUCCCGCCUCGCUGCCUGCCCGUCCUCUCCGGUUCCCGCCUCGCUGCCUGCCCGUCCUCUCCGGUUCCCGCCUCGCUGCCUGCCCGUCCUCUCCGGUUCCCGCCUCGCUGCCUGCCCGUCCUCUCCGGUUCCCGCCUCGCUGCCUGCCCGUCCUCUCCGGUUCCCGCCUCGCUGCCUGCCCGUCCUCUCCGGUUCCCGCCUCGCUGCCUGCCCGUCCUCUCCGGUUCCCGCCUCGCUGCCUGCCCGUCCUCUCCGGUUCCCGCCUCGCUGCCUGCCCGUCCUCUCCGGUUCCCGCCUCGCUGCCUGCCCGUCCUCUCCGGUUCCCGCCUCGCUGCCUGCCCGUCCUCUCCGGUUCCCGCCUCGCUGCCUGCCCGUCCUCUCUGGUUCCCGCCUCGCUGCCUGCCCGUCCUCUCCGGUUCCCGCCUCGCUGCCUGCCCGUCCUCUCCGGUUCCCGCCUCGCUGCCUGCCCGUCCUCUCCGGUUCCCGCCUCGCUGCCUGCCCGUCCUCUCCGGUUCCCGACUCGCUGCCUGCCCGCCCUCUCCGGUUCCCGACUCGCUGCCUGCCCGCCCUCUCCGGUUCCCGACUCGCUGCCUGCCCGCCCUCUCCGGUUCCCGACUCGCUGCCUGCCCGCCCUCUCCGGUUCCCGACUCGCUGCCUGCCCGCCCUCUCCGGUUCCCGACUCGCUGCCUGCCCGCCCUCUCCGGUUCCCGACUCGCUGCCUGCCCGCCCUCUCCGGUUCCCGACUCGCUGCCUGCCCGCCCCGUCCGGUUGCCGACUCGCUGCCUGCCCGCCCCGUCCGGUUGACGACUCGCUGCCUGCCCGCCCCGUCCGGUUGACGACUCGCUGCCUGCCCGCCCCGUCCCGUUGCCGACUCGCUGCCUGCCCGCCCUCUCCGGUUGCCGACUCGCUGCCUGCCCGCCCUCUCCGGUUGCCGACUCGCUGCCUGCCCGCCCUCUCCGGUUGCCGACUCGCUGCCUGCCCGCCCUCUCCGGUUGCCGACUCGCUGCCUGCCCGCCCUCUCCGGUUGCCGACUCGCUGCCUGCCCGCCCUCUGCGGUUGCCGCCUCGCUGCCCGCCCGCCCUCUGCGGUUGCCGCCUCGCUGCCCGCCCGUCCCUUCCGGUCCCCGCCAUGCUGA